AUGUCUUCAUACGGAAAAGUUUCAGGCAGAGCAACCUCAUCAUCCGAAGCAAGAAAUUUUACGGCAAAGCUUGGAAACAUUUCUCCAAUCCAGCAUUACAAGACUAGCAACACUGCUUCGGGCAUGAUGGCUACAUAUAACUAUGACAAUUCCAACACAAAACAUGCCAAUGAUGAGGCAAAUUUACAUCAUACUCAGCCUGUCGGAAGCAAGCUAGUUGAUUUACAUACACCAAGAACUAUUCCAACAGAACUUGACAACAACCACAGACAAUAUUCACCAUCAGCAGCUUCAUCUGUAGACUCCUCACCACCUAUUGUGAUCAAUAGACACUUGGAACAAAUUGUUAAAUGUUCUCUAUGUCAUAAUAAGCCAGUUACACCUCAUCUGUGUCCUUGCUGCUCUAAAAUUGUUUGCCUUCCAUGUAUCAAACGGUGGCUUGUUGACCAAGGCAAAUCUAAUUGCCCUAAUUGUAGAGCCUCUAUUCAUAUGAAUCAAAUGGUAAAUUGCAAAUUUGUUUCAGAAAUUUCUACAGAGCUUGAAAAGCUGCAAUCUCACAUACAUUCCAAGAAAGAAAAAAACUUGGUAUCCACUCCGAGGCACGUAGUUGAACAGUGCUCACAUCAUGACCUUCCUCUUAUAUACUAUUGUGAAACUUGCAAAGUUGCUAUUUGCUCUGAUUGUGCCAUGUUUGAAGAUAAGCACAAAUCUCAUUCCUUCAAAAAAGUGUCUGAAGUUUACAAAGAGUGUGUGGAGGUUGUUAAAUCUGAAUCGAAUUCUGUAAACACUAGGUUGAAGGAUCUUAAUACUCUAAUUAUCAACAUCGAAGAAAACAUUAAAAUGAUUACCAAGUCAAAAGAUGAGACGCUUAAAUCUAUUAACGAGACUGUAGAAGAAAUAAGAGGUAAUUUGGAAACUCUUUACAAAACCAAACUGUCAUCGCUGGUAUCACAGAAAAACCUCAUUAUUGAUGAAAUUACCAUGUUGGAACAGCUAAAUAAGGAGCUUGGCAAACAAAUAGAGACAAGUCCUCAAUGUGUCUUGAUUCAAAAGACACCAGAUAUUGUGCGAGUCGUCGACGAGAUUAACAAGAAACCACCAAUCAGCUUUUCAAAAAUCUCAGUUGAACACUCAUUCCCAAAUGAACUAGUUCCAACAUUUGAAGGUGGUCAAUUUAGAAUAGAAAACUACUUUGAAAAGGUAAAAACUACCGAAGUCAUAUAUUCUGAUCCGAUUAACAUUAAUGGUUUGUUGUGGAGACUGAAAAUUUAUCCCAACGGAACUGGGUUAGCAAAAGGAGUAUUCAUCUCAGUGUUUUUAGAAAUGUACAAAGGGCUCACUGAGCCAAAGAAGUACCACUACAAGGUUGAGAUGAUUAACAGAAAAGACACAACGAAAAAUAUUGAGAGGUCAUUCGCUUCCAUCUACGAAUGUGGAGAAUGUUGGGGAUAUAAUCGCUUUUUUAGAGUUUCUGAGCUGAUCAGCAACGGAUUUGUUGAUCCUGAAGAAGAUGUAUUGAUUCUAAAUUUCUUUGUUCGCCCAACCAGCUAUUUUGAAAAGUGUUUAGAACAAUCUAGAUACAUUAAGGAGCUUGAAGAUUUUAAGAAGAGUCAUUUGGUAUCAGAGAGCUUAUCUUCACCAGUCAUGAAUAGAGAGCUCGCACCUCUCUCGGAAACUCCUCUCACAAACAAGAAUGAUCUUGAACAAAAUCAAAGCACCGGUGUACAACUGCAAACCUGGACUGACCCUUCAAGCACUGAAGAUCCAAAUCUUUCUCCUAUCGUUGAAACAUUUUCAACUCCUUUCAUUACAGAAGAUGAUGUGUGCGUACCAUCAUCUGUUUCACCAAAACUACCCAAAGAAGAGUUGUUUACUUCUCAAUCUGUGCCUCAGAAUACCAAUGAACUGGACCAUUCCAAUAUUUCUCUAAGUUCAGACGAGGAAGACGCUCCUCUCCCAGAGUCCGCAUGGAAACCAGUAGAGCCUGGCUUCUCAAUCCCCCAUGUUGGAAAUCAAAGCCAAGAGGAAAUUUCCACCUCUCAGCAACAAAUAACUCCCUUAGAUGAUCAAUAA